ACUGCUACAUCAUCCUCAAGACGUUCCUGGACGACAACGGAGCCCUGAACUGGCAGAUAUUCUACUGGAUUGGUCAGGAAGCUACGCUGGAUAAGAAGGCGGGGUCUGCCAUCCACGCCGUCAACCUCCGUAACUACCUGGGGGCGGAGUGUCGAACCAUUAGAGAGGAGAUGGGAGACGAGUCCGAGGAGUUCAGCGCUGUGUUUGAAAAUGACAUCUCCUACAUUGAGGGGGGGACAGCCAGCGGCUUCUAUACUGUGGAGGACACACACUAUACUGUCAGGUUGUAUCGUGUUUAUGGGAAGAAGAACAUCCGUCUGGAGUCGGUUCCUCUGAAGGCCUCGUCCCUGGACCCACGGUUUGUCUUCCUGGUGGAUACGGGUCUGGAGAUUUUCAUCUGGAGAGGAGCCAACGCUACUCUGGCCGGUACCACUAAGGCCCGGCUGUUUGCAGAGAAGAUCAAUAAGAACGAGCGUAAAGGAAAGGCAGAGAUCACCACCCUGCAGCAGAGUCAGGAACCUCCUAACUUCUGGGAGGUUCUGGGAGGACAACCUGAAGAGAUACGCAAACACGUUCCAGAUGACUUCACACCCGUACGACCCAAACUAUACAAGGUGGGUCUGGGUCUGGGAUACCUGGAGCUCCCUCAAAUCAACUACAAGCUGUCAGUGGAACACAAAGAGAAGGUCAAACUGGACAAAAUGCCGGAACUACGACUGCUCCAGACCCUGCUGGACACUAAAGGAGUGUACAUCCUGGACUGUCUGUCUGAUGUGUUUAUCUGGAUUGGGAGGAAGUCUCCUCGUCUGGUGAGAGCAGCCGCCCUGAAGCUAGGACAGGAAGUCUGCACUAUGCUGCACCGCCCCAAACACGCUACUGUUACCAGGAACCUGGAGGGGACAGAGUGUCAGGUGUUUAAGUCUAAGUUUCAGAACUGGGAUGAUGUCCUGAAGGUGGACUACACCAGAGCAGCUGAGAGUGUAGAGCAACAGCAAGGAUUACAGGGGAAGGUCAAGAAGGAUGCUGAGAAGAAAGACGAGAUGAAGGCUGACCUCACCGCCCUCUUCCUCCCCAGACAACCCCCCAUGGUCCUCACUGAGGCAGAGCAGAUGAUGGAGGAGUGGAAUGAGGAUCUGGAUGGAAUGGAGGGAUUCGUGUUGGAGGGGAAGAAGUUUGCUCGUCUGCCGGAGGAGGAGUUUGGACACUUCCACACACAGGACUGCUACGUCUUCCUGUGCAGGUAUUGGGUGCCAGUAGAAUACGACGAUGAGGACAAGGAGAAGAAGGAGAGGCACGGCCACCACGGAGGAGAGGAAGAGGAGGAGGAGAGGGUGGAGGAAGACUUCCAGUGUGUUGUGUAUUUCUGGCAGGGCCGGCAGGCCUCCAACAUGGGCUGGCUCACCUUCACCUUCUCUCUGCAGAAGAAGUUUGAGAGUCUCUUCCCUGGGAAACUGGAGGUGGUCCGUAUGACUCAGCAGCAGGAGAACCUCAAGUUCCUGUCUCACUUCAAGAGGAAGUUCAUCGUCCAUAAAGGGAAGAGGAAACAGAAGAUCGAUGCCCAGCCCUCCCUCUACCACAUACGCACCAAUGGCAGCGCUCUCUGUACCAGGACCAUCCAGAUAGGAACGGACUCCAGUAACCUGAACUCAGAGUUCUGCUUCAUCCUCAAGGUGCCGUUUGAGAGCACAGACAACCAGGGGAUAGUGUAUACCUGGGUGGGCCGGGCUGCUGAUCCUGAUGAGGCCAAACUGGCGGAAGACAUCAUGAACUGUAUGUUUGAUGACACCUACAGCAAACAGGUGAUCAACGAGGGGGAGGAGCCGGAGAACUUCUUCUGGGUGGGGAUUGGCUGUCAGAAGGUAUACGACGAGGACGCCGACUAUAUGAAGUACGCCAGACUGUUCCGCUGCUCCAAUGAGAAGGGAUACUUCGCCGUGUCUGAGAAAUGUUCUGACUUCUGUCAGGACGACCUGGCCGACGAUGACAUCAUGCUACUGGACAACGGCAAAGAGGUGUACAUGUGGGUGGGAACUCAGACCAGCCAGGUAGAAAUUAAACUCAGCCUCAAAGCCUGCCAGGUCUACAUCCAGCACAUGCGUUCUAAGGAGACGGAGACCCCCAGGAAGCUGCGUCUGGUCAGGAAGGGAAACGAGCCACACUGCUUCACACGAUGCUUCCACGGCUGGGGCGCCUUCAAGACUGCGCUCGCGUAGACACGUCCACGGUCUUUAGGACAAAGCUGUGUCUGUUGGCUUUAUCAUAUCAGCGUUUUACCUGCUUGAUACCCCUCUCCCCCGUCACCCUUCCUGCCUCCCCUCUCCUCCUCCCUCACCUCUGUUCCCCUCUCCUCCCCGUUCCCCUCUCCCCCACCUCUGUUCCCCUCUCCUCCCCGUUCCCCUCUCCUCCCCGUUCCCCUCUCCCUCACCUCUGUUCCCCUCUCCUUCCCGUUUCCCUCUCCUCCUCCCUCACCUCUGUUCCCCUCACCUCUCCGUUCCCCUCUCCCCCUCCCUCACCUCUGUUCACCUCUCCGUUCCCCUCUCCUCCUCCCUCACCUCUGUUCCCCUCUCCUCCCCGUUCCCCUCUCCCACUCCCACCUCUGUUCCCCUCUCCUCCCCGUUCCAACGACGUGGCUGUUCUGACAUCCCAGACACAGAGAGGAAUCUGUAUUUCUGUUUUGCGUUUCAGUGAUUGGUCCGGGCCUUGCCGUAAUACCAGAUAUAGAUAUUUACUGCACUGCAGCAGCUCAACGUGCGCACGCCUGGCUGUAAUUGUGCACGCUGUCACUUGCACACACUAUUUAUGGAUUUUAUAUGAGAAUAAAGUUUCACAGGAUCUGC